CAAAGAUUUGCCAACUGACAAAGCUAGAAUCGACAGAUUCGCCAUGCUCGUCCGGAAGGCUGUGCGCAGUUUAGGCAACCCCUUGCGGGGUAUUUUUUAUCCUUCUGUCACCGUGAAUCGGAGCCAGACAGCUCUUGCGCAAGCUAGAUCAGUGUUGGAGAACGAACUGGACACGAUUCGAGCGGGGGGCACGUGGAAAGGAGAACGAAUUAUCACCUCCAAGCAGGGAGCGCAUAUCUACGUGGACGGCAGUCAUGGUGACAUAUUGAACUUCUGUGCCAAUAACUACCUGGGCCUGUCAAGUCACCCGGCGGUGGUGGAGGCGGGGGUGAAGGCUCUGCAGAGCUAUGGAGCAGGGCUGAGCUCUGUGAGGUUUAUCUGUGGAACGCAGGAUAUUCAUAAGAAUCUGGAACGAAAACUGGCAGAAUUCCAUGAGCGGGAAGAUGCCAUUCUCUAUGCCAGCUGUUUCGACGCCAACGCUGGGCUCUUUGAGGUUCUGAUGGGCCCGGAGGACGCGGUUCUGUCGGAUGAGCUGAACCAUGCUUCCAUCAUUGACGGGAUCCGGCUGUGCCGAGCCAAGCGGUUGCGGUACCGCCACCUGGACCUGAAUGACCUGGAGGACAAGCUGAAAGAGGCUCAGUCAUCCCGGCUACGCCUCAUAGUCACGGAUGGGGUUUUCUCCAUGGAUGGUGACGUGGCGCCCUUGAAAGAGAUCUGCGACCUGUCUGACCGCUACGGCGCCAUGGUCUUCAUCGACGAGUGCCACGCCACAGGCUUCCUGGGCCCGCGGGGCAGAGGCACAGAUGAGCUGCUUGGCGUUAUGGACAGAGUUCAGAUCGUCAACUCUACUCUGGGGAAAGCGCUGGGAGGAGCGGCUGGUGGCUACACAGUGGGUCCUAAACCAUUGAUUGACCUGCUGAGGCAGCGUUCUCGCCCAUACCUCUUCUCCAACUCCCUCCCCCCUCCCGUAGUGGGAUGUUCCACCCGAGCUGUGGAACUUCUCCUGGAAUCCAAUGAGAUUGCUCAGUCCAUGACAGCCAAAACCAUGAGGUUCAGAAACGCCAUGACUGCGGCUGGAUUCACCAUCUCCGGCAAACUCCAUCCCAUUUGCCCAGUCAUGCUGGGGGAUGCUCGGCUGGCCUCUCUCAUGGCUGAUGACAUGCUGAAGCUUGGGGUGUAUGUGAUUGGUUUCUCAUUCCCCGUGGUUCCGAAGGGGAAGGCCCGGAUCAGGGUCCAGAUCUCGGCGGCGCACUCGAACGAGGACAUUGACCGCUGCGUGGAUGCAUUCAUUCAAACGGGACGGAAACAUGGUGUUGUGUCCUGAGCAGAGCAGCGCCGCUACAAAAUCAAAGGGCUACAAAAACGAGAAGGAUGCAACCAGCAGGCACAUCAAAUGGACUGUUACAAACUGGAGCUGAAGACUGAAUAUUAGUGCUAAUUAUGAAGGUCAAAUGUGGUCAAGGCUAUGUUCUGUAUUGAAGGAAUAAAGCUUGAUUUUUUGUUUUUUUUAAAGCAUCACUGUUCUGAUGUCAAUCCCUUGUGUUGAAAUGGAACUGAAAGCCCAUUUCCCGAAGGAAAUUUGUCAAGGUCGCAAAAGUGCCUGUAUAUAAUAAGCACGUAAAAUACAAAUACAAAUCCUCAACCUCA